AUGCCAGGUGUCCCCCCAGAUGCGCUUAACCAGCUGAAGAAGGGCUUCAGGAACUUCCUUGGCCGUCUCAAGAACAGGAAGCAGAACCAGAACCAGGAGGCCACUGCUCCCGCCACAACCGUUCCCGAGGACAAGAAGACAGAAGGAACUCCUGCAGCUCCAGCCCCAGGCGCAGCUCCAAUUCCAGCUCCUACCGACGGAACUACCACCCAGCAGACUCCAGCACCAGAGGUCACCCCAGCCCCUGAGACUGCCCCUGAGACAAAGCCGGAGGAAACCCAGGAGCCCUCAAAAACUGAAGAUGCGAACAAGGACAAGGUCACCCCUGAGACACCUGCACCCGAACCUGCCCCAACUGCACCGGCACCGGCACCGGCACCUGCUACCACGGAGGCCGCGGGAGAGAAGAAGGCAGUAGAGACUCCCGCCGCCCCGGAUACCACCACCAGCGCCCCAGCUCCAGCUCCAGCUCCAGCUCCAGUUCCGGAAGCCGAGAAGCCCGCUGAACCUACUCCCACCACCACUGAUGCAACCAAGGCCGCGGAACCCGCCCCAGCUCCAGCUACGGAGACUGCGGAGGCAGCUAAGCCAACUGAAACUGCCGCUCCUACCACUGAAGCCGCCGCUGCCAAGUAA